AUGAACAAGUAUUUAAACUCCGUUGUAGACCACUUCUCGGAGUGGUCGUCUCGUAUCUUUAGGGCCAAUUCGUCAAGCACGAGCCAAGGUGCGUCGAACAAAGAACUAGAAGAAGUUUUUGAAAAAAUUAAUGCUAUAGUCGAAAACCAUAACAACGGCUUGGCCACUACCUUUGACAAGAUAUCGUAUCGUGUGGCCCACAAGAUCACACACCUAGUCGAAAGCCAUUCUUUAGCAUUCAACUAUGCUACCCUAGUUCUCAUUGCCAGUGCUUUGGUCGUUAUUGGUUCAUUCACGUCCAUAUCUUCUAUUCCGUUUACCGCUUUGCCUCCUACCAGGGAACACCCGUUGUUUGACCCCACUGAUUUCGAUGUAGAUCAUGAUUGCCAUGUAAUUUACCAUGAGAGUGACGAAGACAAAAAGAAGAAGAAAAAGAGCAAAAAGUUCUUUGAUAUGAUGGAUGAGAAACAUGCGAUUAUACUUCCUUUAACUAGUGGUUGCACUUUAUUAGCUUUGUAUUUUGUUAUUAAGAAGCUACAUUUGAAUUGGUUGAGAUACGUGGUUAAGAUUUUGAAUUUUAACAUAACACUAUUGAAUAUACCAGCAGGUACAUUUGUCUACUCAUAUUUCCUUAAUUCUUUUUCCAGGAAUAUAUCGCAUAUGACUUCUUGGAACCCCUUGACUGUUUUGCCAAGGUACCGUGUAACCAUUGCUGACGAUAACGACGAUCUAAACAAAAUAGGCGGGUUCGUUACAAAUUUGAACUAUAAAGAUGGAUUAACUAACUCGGCUGUUCACCAAAAGACCUUGACUGAAAUCGAAAAGGACCACUGGAUGAAACAUUUCUAUAGAAGGGAACUGAUUAAACCCAAAGACGUCAAGUCGAAAAGACAAAUCAGUAACAUAUACCUGAAUAACGCACUUAUCGUUUCAUUUGUGCUCUCCGUAGUCGCCACUGUCUACUUUUAUUUGUCUCCUAACAAUUGGCUAAUAUCCAAUGCAGUGAGCAUGAAUAUGGCAAUUUGGUCCAUUUCUCAAUUAAAGUUGAAGAAUUUGAAAUCCGGGGCUCUAAUUCUUAUUGCAUUAUUCUUCUACGACAUUUAUUUCGUCUUUGGUACUGACGUGAUGGUUACGGUUGCUACGAACCUUGAUAUCCCAGUAAAACUAAGCCUGCCAGUUAAGUUUAACACUGCCCAAAACAGCUUCAAUUUCUCAAUGCUCGGCUUAGGUGAUAUCGCUUUACCGGGUAUGUUCAUCGCUAUGUGCUACAAGUAUGAUAUUUGGAAAUGGCAUCUUGAUCACGAUGACACUGAGUUCCACUUCUUGAAUUGGUCAUAUAUUGGCAAGUACUUUAUCACAGCUAUAAUUAGUUACGUUGCUGCUUUAAUAUCCGCCAUGGUAUCGUUAUCUUUAUUCAAUACCGCACAACCAGCUUUGUUAUACAUCGUUCCUUCCUUGUUGAUUAGUACUAUAAUGGUGGCAUGCUGGAACAAAGACUUCAAGCAAUUCUGGAAUUUCCAAUAUGACACGAUUGAAAUGGAUGAGAAUUCGAAAAAAACUGUGGAGAAAAAGGAAGACUCCAUGACUUAUUCGACCUUUAUCUUGUCGGAGUACUACGAUGACGCUGACAAAUAUGCUCUGUUUGUUGAUGAUUUAAACGAGAAUAAUGAUGAAGAUGAAGAAUUUGUACAAGACGAAGAUUUAAACGAUAGUUCUGAAGAAGAGCUCUCUGAAUAUGAUUUAUCGGAUGACGAAUUCUCUUAA